AUGAAAUGUACAUUUCCUUUAUAUCAUUCAUUAAAGAUCCUGUUUGUGCUCCUGCUGACCACAGCUGCCGCUCAAGCUCAGUCCUUCCACUUAGGAAAAUGUCCCAAACCGUCCGUUCAGGAGGAUUUCAGCAUUGAAAAAUAUUUGGGCUCCUGGUAUGAAAUCGAAAAGCUGCCGGCCGUUUUUGAGAAAGGGAAAUGUAAUCAGGCCACGUACAGUCCUCUCAGUAACGGGACGGUGAAGGUCCACAACGCAGAGAUCCUGUCUGAUGGGAAGAUCAACUCAAUUGAAGGAGUCGCCAAAGUGAAGGAUCCAUCUCAGCCUGCUAUUCUUGCCGUUAGCUUCUUUAAAGGUGUUCCAGAUGCUCCCUACUGGGUUCUCUCCACAGACUACCAGUCCUACUCUUUGGUUUAUUCCUGCGCUGACUAUCUGGGGGUUUUCCACGUGGACUUCGCCUGGAUCCUGGCCCGCGCCCGGGUCCUGAGCGAGGACGUGCUGGGGCGGCUGCACGACCAGCUGACUGCUGUCGGUUUGAACACCAACCGGCUGCUGGUCAGCAACCAGACCGGCUGUGAUCUACUGGAUCAGUGA